UCGAGACUGAAUUCUCCGUAAUCGAUUGUUCACGUCUGCCUUGGGUACCUCAUCACCACGCGUCUGUAAGGAAAUGGCACGCUGGCUCAAUCCCGCAUGAGUGUUGUAAACAUUUCACUUUCCCUGUUCAAAUCUGAGCUCAAAUGGCACCGACAGAUCACAAAAUGAAGAAUAAGACGUUUACAGCCAAAGAUGGCAACUGGAAAAAAUCCAAACCCAACUUACAGGGUGUCAAGAAGAAGAGGAAAUGGACCCCCGAUAACAAAGUAUUCGAGGGAAAUGUUAAAGAAGGGCAAGGGUUUGCUUUAAAGAGGAAGCAAAAAGUCCAACAUGAGUACAACAAGCUGCUGCGGAAGGAGAAGAAGAAGAGGACGACUCCUGAGUCCAAACAGCUGUACAAGGAGGAGUACCCAGAACACCUCAGGCAUCUGUACAUGGCCGAGGCAGAGAAACUGAAGAACGAGGCCUGGACGCAUAGAAUGAACAGGAGUAAGAUGAGAAUCAAAGAGCAGGAUAAGGGAGAAAAGAUAGAUGAAAAUGAAGCUGAUCCACGCCAGAGCGAAGCUGCUGAUCCGGAUCCAGAAGUUACUGGUGGAUCUGAGCAGACCGAUUCUACUGCUGGGAACCCUGAACAGACAGCAGCCUCUGAGAAAGAAAGUAUUCCAAUGAGCAACCGCAUGAGGAAGAAAAUGCUGAAGAAGACAUCCUACCAGAAGACAAAAGAGGAAUUUGAGUCAACUAAAGAAAAGCAGAGAAAGAAGAAAGAGGAGUACCUGAAGAACAAGCAGCAAAGAGAAGAAGCCAUUCAGAAGUACAAACAGAAAAAGAUGGAGACGUUUCAGAUGCUGAGCAAAAAGACCAAGAGAGGACAGCCCAAUCUGAACCUCCAAAUGGAGUAUUUGCUUCAAAAGAUCCAAGGAACUGGAAAAUGACUCUUAAGUCAGAGUUGAUACUGGAGAAUUGCGUGGGGAAAAGUUUGGACCUUGCCUGUAUAUGACACAUACUUGCCUGUAUGUGUUUUGUUUUUGUUUUAAAUGAUUACCUGAGGACAAUCAGGACUGUGCUUUUCACACAAAAAACACUCUUUUCAGUUGUUCUUCGUGGGUUUUUUUUUUCAGUUUUUUCUCCCUGAAAACCUAAAACUGUGGCCCAUUUUAAUCUCAGACCACAAGAGGGCAUUGUAAGAUAUGAAGAGAUGGCAAACUUGCUCAUGUAAGACAGCUUUUAAUCAAUAAAUGUUGAGUGAGUUUCC